GGCGGUAUAUAGAAGAAGCGAGGAGUUGCGAAGCAGAUGCCGAGAACGCCACAAGGUCAGUCAGGUCAGGCCUCCAAGCCGGGGAUGGUUGGAGUAUUCUUCUUCGUCGCCGCAGCAGCAGAAGAGUGCGAAGGGAUUUAUUUCACAACGCCGCUGUAGUAGCGCAAAUUGCUGCUGCCGAUCAUAAUUUCUUUGAAUUGUCUCGGGGUCUGAUUUCGUCUCUUAGAGGAGGGGGUGUCUGUUCCGGAUCGUUUCCUCAAGAGUUGGGAUAUCGAAAAGGUGGUUGUCCGGGAGAUAAAUUUAUUUUGGUUAGGGAGUUGGAGGGACCGGAUGUUGGAAGUUUAGGUGUUGAUUCGAUAGGAAGGGGAACGAUACUGGGUGCUGGAAGCGGUCAGCUGUGGACGGGCUAAUUUGUGACCGAGCCUGGGUCGUUGGAGAGGAAGGCGCGAUUUUCGGUCGGUGGUGCCUUUAGGUGCAUCGUCGGCUUCGUUUGUGAGUGGACGGAAUGGCACAACUUCAAGAUGACGGGCAGUACAUGGGUGACGAAUAUAUGGUGGAUUUCGAAGAUGAUGCUGAAGAUCAGUUGCAGGCGGCCCGUGAGAGGAACUCGCUCGACUCAGAUUCAGAUGAUGACAAUGAUGUUAGGAAUAAAGUUUCGGACACGACUGCUGCACAAGCUCGGCGAGGUAAGGAUAUCCAAGGCAUUCCAUGGGACCGGCUGACAUUCACAAGGGAGAAAUACAGAGAAACCCGGCUACGUCAGUACAAGAAUUACGUGAAUUUGCAGUUACCGCAUGAUGAACUAGAGAAGGAGUGCAAAGUUGUAGAGAAGGGAGGAGAUUUUUACCGUUUCCGGCACAACACUAGAUCGGUUAAAUCCACCAUUGUUCAUUUUCAGUUGCGAAAUCUAGUAUGGGCCACUUCCAAGCACGACGUGUAUCUUAUGCACAGCUAUUCCGUGAUGCACUGGUCGCCUAUUACCAAGAAAGGAACUGAAGUGCUCAAUGUCGCAGGCCCUGUUAUUCCAUCUUUGGAGGCUCAGAGCAGGCCUUUUCAACAUGGGUUGGGACGUGUUCAGAUUAGCACUAUGUGUGUGAAGCGUAAUCUCCUUGUUGCCGGUGGAUUUCAAGGCGAGAUGAUUUGCAAGAACCUUGACCGUCCUGGAGUGUCGUAUUGUGCCAAAAUCACCCACGAUGAUAAUGCCAUCACCAACGCUAUCGACAUCUACGAUAAUUGCAGUGGCGCUGUGCGGUUGAUGAGUUCCAACAAUGAUUCGGUUGUCCGCGUUUUCGACUGCAACAAUUUCUCUGUAUUGAGCCGAUUUUACUUCCCAUGGGCUGUAAAUCACACUUCUGUGAGUCCCGACAGCAAAUCUGUAAUAGUCGUGGGAGAUAAUGCUGAUGGAAUUUUGGCCGACAGUCAAAGCGGCAAGAUUAUAUCAACUUUGAGAGGUCAUUUGGAUUACUCAUUUGCAUCAGCUUGGCACCCUGAUGGACGUGUCUUUGCCACCGGAAAUCAAGAUACAACUUGCCGCCUUUGGGAUAAUCGCUAUCUGGGAUCCUCUUUGGCAGUGCUUAAAGGUCGCAUUGGUGCAAUACGUUCCAUACGAUUCACGGCAGACGGACGCUUCAUGGUUAUGGCAGAGCCUGCUGAUUUUGUGCAUGUUUUUGACACAAAGCAGGAUUAUUCUCAUUGUCAGGAGAUCGAUAUUUUUGGAGAAGUAGCUGGAGUCUCCUUCAGUCCCGAUUCAGAAUCUCUUUUUGUAGGUGUGGCAGAUCGUACCUAUGGAAGCCUGCUUGAAUUCAACCGGAGUCACGCUUACACAUAUUUUGAUUGCAUCAUUUAGACACUACUUGCAAACUCGGUAUAUGAAGCCGAUCUUUUGUCACAUAGCCGCAUGAGUGGAUUGAUUGUGAAGUCUCGUGGAUGGUCACGACUUCAUUGGGAGCUCAUGUGCGAUAGUUGGAAGUUACAAGUAUUAUCAGAGAAUCAAGGCUUUUGGAUUACAUGUUUAGUCGUAGAUUUUACCGUAGAUGUGAAAACAUGUGUGCUGCCAACGCCUACAAUCGCAGCAGGAGUGCAGAUGGCAGCUAGGGAAGCCGCAAACUCAGUGCACCUACUGUUUCGUCAGAGUUUUUCUCUGUGAAAAGAUGGCAAGGACGUGUAAAUUGAAAUGAAAAGCCGAGUUGGAGACAUCAAUGAUAUCGAAUAUAAACAAAACUUACAAUGCGGAAAGGUGAAGGGAAAAAAGCAUGACACGCCUCGCAGUGCCUAUCAGUGAAGCUGCACAUGGCUAUUUCUGAGAACAGGAAAAGAGAGUAUGUUACGUUUAGAGUUAUGUAGCUGGGUCAAUGUGGAUAUAUGUUCGGUUGCUCAGGCUCCAGUUGUUAGAUGUGUCCGUCAAUUAUUUGUCAAGACUGUCAUGGUUUGGGUGGGAAGGCCUCAGCUGGUGACUUUUGGAAUCACCUUUUGUAAAUAACUGAGUGUUAAUCUAAAGUAGUUCCAAAUUAUUUUGGUGCUGAUUUGUA